CUUAUGAGUCCGCGGACCGGCCCCCUGACCUCCCAGUCCGCGGACUCGGAGUUGGCCGGGACUCCGUGUCUGGCCCCAUUGUCAGCCCUGGGAAGUAUACUCGGAUUGUAUAAAGAGUGGCGGUAUUUUCUCCUCAAAUAUCAACACGGAAAAUGUCGGAAAUGAACAUGGACGACUGCACCUUGGCCACUUGCCCAAUUGACUGGGCCUAUAUCAAUUACCAGCCCAACAUCCCGGCAAAUGUCCUCUUCCUGGCCCUCUUCGGCCUUCUCCUCGCCGCACAAAUCGCCCUGGGAACAUGGUUCCGAGCAUGGACAUACAUGGGAGCCAUGGCCGCGGGGCUCAUUCUUGAAAUCCUGGGAUACAUCGGGCGAGUCAUGAUGCACAGCAACCCAUUCGACUUUAAUGCAUUCCUUCUAUACCUCAUUUGUCUCACGAUUGCCCCGGCCUUCUUCACCGCCGCCAUUUACAUCUGCCUGGGAAGGAUUGUCAUCGUCUACGGGGAGGAUAUCUCCAGGAUUCGCCCGCGUACAUACACCAUCCUCUUCGUCACUUGCGAUAUCAUCGCCCUGGUCCUACAAGCAGCCGGCGGCGCCAUUACCUCCAUCGCGGACUCGGACCAAAACAGCCUCCGCGAUACCGGGGUCAAUAUCAUGAUUGCAGGAUUGGCUUUCCAGGUCGCCUCGCUGACGCUGUUCAUCGUGCUCGCUUCGGAAUUCGCCCUGCGAGUGCGCCGCAGCUCCGAAGACAGGAAGAAUGCGUCUACAGCAUCUGUUCGCAGUGGUUUGAAAUGGAAGAUGUUCCUGCUGGGUCUUGCCAUUGCCGUUUUAACGAUCUUCACUCGCUCGAUCUUCCGUGUUGCGGAGCUGAAAGGUGGAUUUGACAGCGAUCUGGCUAAUGAUGAAAUUUCCCUGAUGAUUCUUGAGAGCGCUAUGAUUGCCAUUGCGUGCAUUUGUAUGACCGCCGCUCACCCAGCAGUUGCCAUGGGCCGGCGAUGGGGGGAACUCUCGGCGAAGCGGCGUCGGGGAGUCGUUUCGUCUAAGGUGUCGCAGGCUUCAGAAAUUGAGAUGAUAUAGCAAAGCCCCUGAGGACUCGGGGUGGUCGGUUUCAAGAGAUUGUAUACUUGCAGUAAUUUCCAGGUACGGCUGAGUAAGGCCAUCCUAGACUGUUUAUUCACCGCCUUAGAGCUGCAGGAAU